AGCACAGAGGCUGCAACUCAAGUGCCAAAAGAACGUGAUGGAGGAGGAAAAACCAUGGGCAUUGAUCUCAGAGCUUGGGGGUCCACAUGGUUACCUUGAAGAGCUAGCUGACAUAGUGAAACAGAACUUCCAGGUCAUCUGCUACAAAGACUUCCUACAGAACCCUGUGCUCCAUGGCUCCAAAAUACAGGCUCUGUUGAACUGGAAGUAUUGCCCUGCGGCUGAGCCUCGGUUGCUCAGGUUGCUUCCCUCCCUUAAAGUUGUUGCCAGUGGAGGAGUGGGAACUGACCACCUGGAUGUGCCAUUCAUCAACAGUCUUGGUGUCAAAGUGGCCAACACACCAGGUGUGGUCAGUGACUCCACUGCAGAUUUAGCCAUGGGGCUGCUUCUGGCUUCAGCUCGCAAGAUUCUUGAGGGUCACCAGAUAGCUACAGACCCAAAGACUGUCCAUAUACCUCAACAUCUGAUGGGAGUUGAGGUGACUGGGGCAACCCUUGGAAUCAUUGGAAUGGGAGACAUUGGGUAUAAGAUUGCCCAAAGAAGCAAAGGCUUUGACAUGAAGAUUCUGUAUCACAAGAGGACCAGGAGGAGUACUGAAGAUGAGCAGGCAGUUGGAGCAAGUUACUGCGAGAACCUGGAUGACCUGCUCAGGUGCUCAGACUUUGUCAUGAUAGCUGUCAGUCUGACCUCAGAGACAUCAGACCUUAUUGGCCACAGGGAGCUAUCCCUCAUGAAGCCUACAGCGACGCUGAUCAACAUCAGCAGAGGUCAGGUUGUCAACCAAGAUGCCUUAGUGGAAGCUCUUCAGUUAGGAACAAUUCGUGCAGCAGCAUUAGAUGUGACUCAUCCUGAACCUUUACCAAGGGAUCACCCGCUGCUUGAGCUUCCUAAUGUGCUGAUCACUCCCCACAUUGGGAUCUCUACCUAUAACACAGCACGUGGGAUUGUGAAGAAGAUGGUAGAAAAUGCCCUGGCUGCAGUGAAAGGCUUACCUCUUCCUAAUGAAGUUAAGCCACAUUGACCAAUCUGAUAAAUCUGAUUUUAU